CAUAAAAAAAGUUAAAAAUUUAAAUAAAAACAUCAUGAGUGCUCCAUUUUAUAGUUACGACCCUUGUGUGUGUACUGGCAUGCCAUGUGGAGCAUGCUACCCUUACUCGACUAAACCUUGCGUUGCGUCAUGUAACGACAUAAGGCCGUGCUCUGUUUGUCCUGGUGGUGGAUGUUCUCCUUGCCCAGCACCAGUGCGCCCAUGUCCUGCACCAUGCUUGCCCCCACCUGUCCUACCUUGUUUGCCUCCAUGCCCCCCAUGUGAUAAGCCUGGCAACCCCGUUCCAUUACCUACAAGACUCUGCGAUUCGGUUGCUAUUCCUUGCUGUAGACCGAACCGUUGCAAGCCUUGUCCCUGUUACUGCUGCACGGAACCAGCAGUUUGUUCGCCAAAGCGGUGUAGUUAUCCUGGAGUUCCCGUUUGUGGAGGGUGCUGCGGCCCAUGCAUGCCCGUUUGGUGAUGAGAGAUGGUCUUAAAGAGAAAAAUUAAGGAAUAAUAUUUAUUUAGUGUCUGUCAAAUUGUAAAGUUAUGAGUGUAUAAAUAUAAACUAAUGUGAACGAUAUUAAAGUUUUA